CUCCUUCCCUCCUCUUUCUUUCCAUCCAUCUAUCUCUCUCUCCGGCAGACCAGCAGAGGAGAGAAGCUGAAACCGUAGCAGAGAUAAUAACCCGAUCAUCGUGCAUUCACACGCAGCAUCCUCAGCACUGCAGCGGCAGGCAGCGGAUGGCUCGGCUGUCAGGCGCAGAGGAAUGAUAAUUAGGAAGAGAUUGACUCGGUAACAAGAGGAAAAAGAGGAAGGAGGAGGAGGGCCUGCAGCAGAGAGGCGAGCAGAGGAAUACAUGGAGGAAGAGAGAGCAGAAGAAGAAGGGAUGGAUUGAUCACCAUUGGGAAAGAAAAACGGAGCAAGAGUGUGUUUUAUUUCGGAGAGAUGAUGGUGAUGAUGAUGAUGAUGAUGAUGAUGAUGAUGAUGACAGCGGCAGAGAGAGGGACGGAUCAAUAAUCCUCUUCAUCCCUCCAUCACCUCUGCAGAAACCUAAUCUGGAUCUCCAUCCAGUGAGAUCAAACUGAAGCUGACUCCCAGAUGCCUCGCUGCAUCAGGGAAGAAGACAAACAUCUGACAUGACCUUUUCCCUAAGCGCAUCACUUCCUGUGACCGAGCACCGGCAGGACGCCGGGCCGAGUCCUGCAGCUGAACCUACGCUCUCCACUUCCACAACGAUCACCAGGAGAUGAUCUUCCACCAACUUUACUUUUUCUUUCUGUGGAUCUUUGGGUUUAUUUCUCAAAGUCUGCUUGUUGACGGAGAGUGUCUGAGCUGACUUCUCGUCUCGUUUCCUGCUCAGAAUACUCUUCAUUUGGAGAAAUACCACAGCGGUUUAUAAUCUGACCUGGGAUUUUAUUUUGACGCACAUCAGGGUAAGCGCUGGUUUGUACGCUCUGUUUGGAAGUUCGUACACGGUGUACAGAUUGCUUUCCACUUGGAAAAACUCUUCACAGACAAUCUUUCAGUCGCUCAACAAUGAUAACGUGUGAUUUCUUUGACGCAGAGCGACAAAUAAAGUCUCUGCCAGCUGUGAUUUCCACAUCUGCUUCCUGGAAACAAAUGUGAUUUCCUGCAUGAAGUGCAAAGAGUGGAUACACCUGACUCACUGACAAACACAAAGACAAACUGUUUCCGUAGGCGUGUUCUCUGUGUUUGUUGUGUUUUUAACACUGUGAUGGGUGUGACCCCCGACAGAAACUCCUGACUGACCGAACUGGGGGAUGCUCCACGACUUGAUGAAGCUCUCUGAUUGGAGCAAGCGAGGACAAGCGCCAUCUUGAUCUUUACAUCAGAUCUAGAAGAAGAAGUCCUCUCCCCCCCACUUACCUCUGGUGGGGGGGAGGGUGAAGUGUAGUUUAGUUUUGAGGGUAUAGGGCUCCGGGCCAGUGGGCAUAGUUAUUUAGACUUUUAGGUUGUAGAUUAGACUUUAGAGUUCGUAGAAGAGUCCAGUUUCUUCUCUGUUGUGUUGGGAUUAAGUUAAGUAAUAAGUAGUCGUAGUUUUGGUCCAGAUUCUUCUCUGUGUUGAGAUUUAGAAUAUUAAUGAUUAUAACUUUAUUUAUAAAGCAGCUUUACAAAGUGUUUUGACGGACAAAGCAACACAAAUGCACGAUCUCCAGAGAGUUAGCAUUUAGCUCUGCAUCAGAUGAAGUUGUGACUCAUUUCAUGCAGAAGUUUAGCAUUUAGCUUCAGCGUACAAACUGGAUCUAACAGCCGACAGCGUUUAGGCUCCUUCGUUUAGACGUUAGCAUAGGAAACCUUAGUCACGGCUGUCAUUUAGCCUGACGUUUUCUCACCGUUAGCCUGCGUGCUAACUCUGAGAAGAGCUAGUCAUGGAUGCUAACCCAGGCCCGGGCCAGGCGAGCCCAGAGAGCCCUAACCGGGCCGUGGAGUACCUCCUGGAGCUGAAUAACAUCAUUGAGAGCCAGCAGAAGCUUCUGGAGACGCAGCGUCACCGCAUUGAGGAGCUGGAGGUGCAGUUGGACCGGCUCAGCCGGGAGAACAAAGACCUGCGUUUGGACCGCCAGCCCGUUGCUCCGCCGCCGCCUGCUCCUCCUCCCCCCGAGCCGCCGCUCCCUCCGCCUCCGCCUCCGCAGGCUCACACAGCAUCCGUUUCUACCAGGAACCAUUUGCACUCCCACCACAACAGCCAACCCUCCUCCGUCCCGCUUCACCAGAGCCACCACGCCACCCCGCAGCCUCCGUCCUCUAUCCCGCUGCACCACAGCCAUCACGCCGCCCCACAGCCUCCGUCCCCCGCCCCGCUGCACCACAGCCAUCACGCCGCCCCGCAGCCUCCAUCCCCCGCCCCACUGCACCACAGCCACCAGUACCACCACCACUCCUCCCUGCAUCACUCCUCUAACAGCUCCGCAGCCAUCCCCGCUCCUCCUCCGGCGUCCGUCUCCGUGCCAACGCAGAUCCUGACUCCGGCUUCCUCCCCGGCGCCGGCUCCACCCCCUCCUCCUCCAAUCCCACCCAGAGAUCAGCCGCGCGCCCACAGCCGGCUGACACGAGCGCCGUCCACCUCCACCAGCACCGGCACCAACACCAACUUUGUGGAGAAAGAGAGGGAGCGACUGGAGCGCCUGCACCGAGCCAACGCCUCCAACAACCACCACGCACACACUCUGCACCACCAGAAACCUGUGGAGGGCGACCAUCAGUGUCCGGAAGCGCUCACUUUCUCUGAUUCGUCCUUCGGCCAUCCUCCUCCCUUCCAUCGCUAUAGCAACAGCCCGCUCUGCAGCCCCUGUGACCCGUACAGCUCCACCUCCCCCAGCGGGCCACACACACAGGGCAGCUCUCCCGUCUCCCCCCCCAGCCCGGCAAGCCUUGCCUGGGCUCAGCGCAGCCGCCACCAGCCGGCCAGCCUGGCGCUCCGAAAGCAAGAGGAGGAGGAGAGCAAACGCUGCAAGGCACUAUCCGACAGCUAUGAGCUCUCUACAGACCUCCAGGACAAGAAGGUGGAGAUGCUGGAGAGGAAGUACGGCGGGCAGUUUGUGUCCCGGCGGGCGGCGAGGACGAUCCAGACGGCGUUCAGGCAGUACCGCAUGAACAAGAACUUCGAGAGGCUUCGCAGCUCGGCCUCGGAGAGCAGGAUGACCCGCCGCAUCAUCCUGUCCAACAUGAGGAUGCAGUACUCGUUUGAUGAGCGGCAUCCCCAGGGUCAGGGUUCGGCAGGUCAGCCAGGUGCAGAUACUGCGGCAGACAUGGACGACUCAUUCUCCCUGCAGGUGAAGUCUUUGGCCGACUCCAUCGACGACUCGCUCACGUGCCAGACCGGCCGCGAAGACUCACAGGACGCCGGCGGAGACGGAGAGGAAGAUGAGGAGGACGAGGAGGGAGAUGAAGAGGAGGAAGAGGAGGAGGAGGAUGAGGAGGAAGAUGAGGAUGAAGAUUACAGACAGUGUGCGUGGCGAAACACCACCGCUCCCCCCCGCCGCGUGGCGGGCCGGCCAGGCGGCGUGCAUGCCGACAGCACCGCCACUUCCUUCAGCGACGUCACGCUCUACAUGGACGACGGCUGCCUCCCGUCCUCGCCGCUGUCCCGCCCACCGUCCUCGCCGCUGUCCCGCCCCGCCUCCAGCUCCGACACGGAGUACUGGGGGGGGGGAGGCGGGAGAGGGGUGGGGAGGGAGGACAGCCGGGAGACGGAGGGAGGCAGCGGCGCCGCCAGCCGGAGGAGCAGCACGCCGUGCACCGAGUGUCGGGGGGAGUACAGAGGGAGGGCAGGGGGGGGAGGAGGGGGGGGACACCUCCCCGUCCUGACCAUCGAACCGCCCAGUGACAGCUCCGUGGACAUGAGUGACAGGUCGGAGCGCGGCUCCAUCGGACGGCUGGUGUACGAGCAGGAGGCGCCGGGCGGAGAACAGGAGAGGAGGGGGGGAGGAGGCGACGGAGAGAGCGGCGAGGACGAGCGAGGAGGCGGAGGAGGAGGGAGCAGCGAGGCAGACUCUCCGCAGGGAACCAUCAAACACAAACCAAACGGCCGCUCGGUUGCCACGGCACAGGGACAAACACGCAGCCCCGCCAGCGCCCCGCUAGCCAUGCCGUCAGCGCGAGCACUGCCGCCACACCCACUGCCUCACCCCCACCCCCACCCACCGCCCAUCCCCCACCUCCCCACCAUCCUCCACCACCACGCGCAGUUUAGCACGCCACACAUCCUGCACAUGCACCACGUGCACGGCAGCCCGUACGUCCCACACCCUCAACACUUCUCCCAGCACCACUACCACCACCUGCACCACCAACCCUUCCCCCACGGCUACCCAGAAGCCCCCUCUUCCCCGCUGCCCUCCCCUGUCCCUCCGCUCACGCCGCUGCCACCGCCGCUCACGCCCUCGCCGCUCUCCUCGUCCUCCUCCAACAUGGAGGCGCAGCACCACCCGCUGCUGCACCACCACCUUCUCUGCUCCGAUGGAGACAACGAGAGUGUCAACUCCACCACCACCAACUCCAACGACGACACCACCGUCAACAACUGCAGCUCCGGCUCCUCGUCCCGGGACAGCCUGCGGGAGCCAGCGGGCGGGGCCGCAGCAGGAAAACAGACCUAUCAGAGAGAGAGCCGCCACAGCUGGGACUCCCCCGCCUUCAACAACGACGUGGUGCAACGCCGGCAGUACCGCAUCGGACUCAACCUCUUCAACAAGAAGCCGGAGAAGGGGAUCCAGUACCUGAUCGAGCGAGGCUUUGUGUCGGACACGCCGGUGGGCAUCGCCAGAUUCAUCCUGGAGAGGAAAGGGCUGAGCCGCCAGAUGAUCGGAGAGUUCCUGGGCAGCCGGUCGCAGUUCAACAAGGAUGUCCUUGACUGUGUUCUGGACGAGAUGGAUUUCUCCGGGAUGGAUCUGGACGAUGCUCUGAGGAAGUUCCAGGCUCAGAUUAAAGUUCAGGGUGAAGCUCAGCGGGUAGAGCGGCUGGUGGAGGCCUUCAGUCAGCGGUACUGUGUCUGUAACCCGGUGUUGAUCCGGCAGUUUCAGAAUCCAGACACCAUCUUCAUCCUGGCCUUCGCCAUCAUCCUCCUCAACACGGACAUGUACAGCCCCAACGUCAAGCCAGAGAGGAAGAUGAAGUUGGAGGACUUCAUCAAGAACCUACGGGGCGUUGAUAACGGUCAGGACAUCCCCAGAGAUCUGCUGCUCGCCAUCUACGGAAGGAUCCAGAAAUGGGAGCUGCGGACCAACGACGACCACGUGUCUCAGGUGCAGGCGGUGGAGAGGAUGGUGGUCGGAAAGAAGCCGAUGCUGUCUCUGCCUCACCGCAGGUUGGUGUGCUGCUGUCAGCUGUUCGAGGUUCCCGAUCCGAACCGAGGUCAGCGGAGCGGCGUCCACCAGAGAGAAGUCUUCCUGUUCAACGACCUGCUCAUGGUGACGAAGAUCUUCCAGAAGAAGAAGAGUUCAGUCACGUACAACUUCAGACAAUCGUUUCCUCUGGUGGACAUGCAGGUCCACACCUUCCAGAACACCUACUACCCCCACGGGAUCCGGCUGACGUCAGCGAACCCCGGCGGAGAGAGGAAGGUGCUGAUCGUCUUCACGGCGCCGAGCCAGCAGGACCGCGCUCGCUUCACGUCUGACCUGCGAGAGAGCAUCGCUGAGGUCCAGGACAUGGAGAAGUACCGCGUCGAGUCUGAGCUGGAGAAGCAGAAAGGUGUGAUGCGUCCAGGUGUGUUGGCGGGGGGAGGACCCGGAGGCGGGGGGACGCCGGGCUCCAACGUCUGCGCUAUGACGGGCGAGGUGGUGAACGGCACUCUGGGUAGGCCGAGCCUCGACGACACGUACGCCUCGGUGGACGGACUCAAACGCACGGCGCUCAGCUCGUCACUGAGAGACCUCUCAGAAACAGGGAAGCGGGGUCGUAGGAACAGUGUCGGGUCAUUGGACAGUACCAUUGAAGGUUCGAUCAUUAGCAGCCCUCGGCCUCACCAGCAGCAGCGCCCCCUGCUGGCUGCAGCGCUGUCCUACAGCCCCAUAAUGGUCCCCUCGUCUCCAGCAGCCUACCGGCCUCACCGCCCUACUCAGAGCCCCGGUACAGGGGUGGGGGGUGGGCCGGGGCUCUGUCACACCCAGGGGGGGGUCGCCACCUCCCCGCUCGUGAGCGGGGGAGGGGCUGGGGGAGGAGGAGGGAUGGCAGGCGGGGGGGGCCCGACUGGCGGCGGCCUGCUGGGGAACUUCUUCGGCAGCCGCCGUGGCAAAGUUCCCGGUCCUCUGACUAUGACGUCACCGACUCCACAGGGUCCGCCGAGUCCCCUGAUGAUCUCAUCGCCCCCCCACUACCCCGCGCCCGCCCCUCCCAUCCCCCACCCCUCCUCCCCUUCCCCAUGCCCCUCCCCUUCGCCAAACCUCGCCCAGUCGGACUUGGGAGGGCCGUCCAAGCUCCAGGCUCUGCACGCUCAGUAUUGCCACAGCAACAGUGGAGGAGGCGGAGUCAGUGUUACUGGGCACCAGCAGCAGCAGACGCCGCCCCCCCCCUACCACCACCACCACCGCUACCACGUGCAGAGCAUCCCGCAGCACCACGCCGCCCUGGCGCACAGGUUCUCAGCGCCGCCCCGCCGGCAGGGCCCGUCCAGCUGCGCCGCCUCGCAGAGGAUGCAACACGGCGCCGGGCAGCAGCCACGCUACAACCUGGGCUUCAUCACGCCACCGCCGCUGUCCCCGCACUCCCCCGUCACCCCCACUACUCCGCACGGACUCUACCACUCGCACCCCGCGGCGAGCCGGCCGGGUGGAGGCGGCAAGCUGCCGCUGACCAUCUCGCACUCGCAGCCACACCCGCACGCUCACACACACUCUCACAACCACGGCGUGCACACACACUCCCCUCUCAGCCCCUCCCCCUCCGCCUCCCCCUCCACCCACUUCAUCUUCUCCACGCCGCCUCCACAGACGCCCUCGGCGCGCCUCGUCACGCAGACGCCUCCGCAGCCCUACGCACCGCAGUACCCGCUGAUCUCCUCCAUCCCUCCCCCGCCUCCCCACUCCCCGCUGCCUCCGCCGUCCAGCACCGCGGCCUCCCUGCACCCGGGGGCCGCGGGAGGCCAAGGGGGCAAAUCCAAACCCGUCAGCCGGAUCAGCACAGUCGUGUGAGGAGAGAGAAGCCAAGGACGGCGGUCCGCCACCCGGCGGUGAGCCACCGGGGGGCGACGGCGAGGAGGAGGAGGAGAGGAGGAGGAGGAAGGCUCAUGCAGGUGAAUCAAAAUGGCCGCUUAGUGAGGAAGAGGGCGCUGAGAGCGGGGAAGAGGAAACUACUCAGUCUGUGUUAUUUCCACAUUCACUUCCCCCGCAGGUAGAGACGCUCUCACACUCGAGCAACCAGCAACGAGAACGCAACCGACCAAAGCUGAAGGAACUCUAAACACCGUCUCGGUGAGAACCUCCUCCAUCUUCCCCUGAGCAGCGGCCUGCGUCUCCGGAGGACAUGUUUGUAGUUCUGUCCUGACUGGAAGUGUUUGUGUCUAAUUGUGAGUCCGACUCUGUGGACAGACGGUUCAGGGACCAGACGUGAAGGGAACAGUGCCUGUGACUUCAACACGAGGGUUAGCUAGCGCUCGAUGCCGUACGGGAUCAUUUGAUGGGACAGUUCAGGUUUUUAGGAAGCCUGAGAACACAACGAGUCCUUUUACUAUAUUCCAAAAAUCACACUAGUCUUGCACCACUUUGUUUUCCGCACAAAAAGCACUUGUACCUUAGUUUUGGCUGCUGAGCCCUGCGGCGUCACGGCACGUCGGUUAGCAUUGAUAUGGUGCAGUUUCUGUGUCUUAGACAGGCGUGCAUGACCUGUGCAAUAGCUAGCGAGUGUCGGUGUCUUUAAAACUUGAUAUGCAGGGGGAGGGGGGGGAUGUGUUGUGAUUUAAAGCCCCAAUCCAGCAUUUAUUUGACCAUAAAAAGUGCAUUAGUGAAGGUUACUGAAGACUUUACUUUCUACAAUAAACUUUUUUUAAAACUUUAAAUAAGCCAUCGUAACAAAUACUAUACAGGUGUCUUUGUACCUUUGUGUUUUGACUAAAAGCCUUUAGUGUUUGUGGAUUACAGGGUUUCGGCAGGGGGUGCUACAGCCUUAUUUCGGAUUGGGACUUUAAAAUGAGAAUGGUUGACAUUUGACACUGAAUUUUCCCAACAACGUAUUCUUUUAUUAUUAUUAUUUCAAUUAUUAUUUUUUUUUUUUUUUUAAUUUAUUAUUUGCAAGUGUCCCAGCAUAUUUAAACGUAAAAGCCUGAAUUUCUGAGAAAUUAUAAUAUAUGUCAACUUGUAUUUCAUGCUCCGUAUUGUAUGCGUCCCUCUGUGUUGCCGGGAGAUUAUGCUGAAAGGUGCCAAACAGGGUGUAGUCUGGGAAAUAAAGUCUAUUGGUUCAUGGGCUCGUCUGCCUUUGAUAAAGCCGGGGAGCUGAAAAAAAAGUCCUAAAAAGAGUUAUUUCAGGUCACAUUAAACAAGAUCUGCCUAUAAUGUAACUUAUAAUCCCUGUAAAUGUUUAAUGAACUGGGUGGGAAAUGUAAAAGGUUAUAUAUUAAGUCUAGAAAAUCUAAAUUGUGCAAACAAAAGUUCCAUAACUACGUGGAUCAUGUGUAUAAUAAUCAACACCCUCUCUCCUCAGAUGCUCGAUUCAGAACACGGGUCGCUGUUUUAACCCUUGUGUUGUCGUCCAUUCAACCAUGCACUUGCCGGUUGAAAACUGAAAAUCAACACUUUUUCUGACGUUUUAAGCCCCUGACACACUAACCC